AUGUCGCUACCGGCUUCCUCACAGGACCAGGCCUGGAGCCUGGAACCUUCUGCUCCCAUGGCGCCUUCCUCCCUGUCUUUGGGGUCUCAGGAGCCGGAAGGUGCGGGCAGCCCAGUGGUCGCCGCCAGGCUUCCCUUGGAGAAAGUGAAGCGGCCCAUGAACGCGUUCAUGGUGUGGAGCUCCGCCCAGCGCCGCCAGAUGGCGCAACAGAACCCAAAGAUGCACAACUCGGAGAUCUCCAAGCGCCUGGGCGCACAGUGGAAGCUGCUAGGCGAGGACGAGAAGCGGCCCUACGUGGAAGAGGCUAAGCGGCUCCGGGCCCGGCACCUGCGCGACUACCCCGACUACAAGUACCGGCCCCGGCGCAAGACCAAGAGCCCAACCGCCAGGCCGCCCCACUUCAGCCAGGGAGGCGGCGGCCUGGCUGGCGGCGGGCCGGUCUAUGCGGCCACCCAAGGGACCAGAGGCUUUGGGUACCAGCCCCCCAACUAUUCGACAGCCUACCUACCCGGCAGCUACAGCUCUUCCCACUGCAAACUUGAGGCCCCCUCAGCGUGCUCCCUCCCUCAGAGUGGCACCAUGCUCCAGGGUGAGCUGUUCAACCCCUAUCGCUCCUACAGACCCCCAGGCUCUCCCACUGCCUACAGCCCUCCCCUAACCCACCUCUAACCCUGGUGGACAUGGACCACCCAGGAAGGGCUUCACCCUCCUUUUCCACCCAGAACCACUCCCACUCCUGAGCUGCAAACUUUUCCUGUGUUGGACCACACAGUUCAGAGGCAGGCUGCAUUCUCCCAAAGCCAGGGGAACGACACAACACUUAUAGUUCUAUUUUUUUAUAGGAAGAACUCAAUUUUCUAUGAUUAAAUCA